AUGCCGGAGCAGCGAGGUUUCGGGCAUAUACCGGAGUUCCUGGGCAGCAAGGACCACCCAGUGGACGUGCCGAGGCAGGUCGACGAGCGCAUGCUCGUCACCAUCGCCGUCAACGUGCUCCCCUGCACGCCCAACGAGACGUGCGGGGGCCCCGCCGGCAACCGCCAAGCGGCGAGCCUCAACAACGUCAGCUUCGUGAACCCGUCCGUGGACAUCCUCGGCACCUACUACCGCUCCGUCUGCGGCGUGUUCGAUGCAGACUUCCCCAACAAGCCACCCUUCUUCUUCAACUUCACAGACGUCGACAACGACCCCAUCGAGCGCUGGGCCACCAAGCGCGGCACCAAGGUGAAGGUGGUGGAGUACGGCGCCGUCGUGGAGGUGGUGUUCCAGGACACCUCCAUCCUCGGCGCCGAGAACCACCCCAUGGACCUGCACGGCUUCACGUUCUACGUGGUAGGGAGAGGCUUCGGGAAUUUUGACGAGCAGAAGGACCCGGCCACCUAUAACUUGGUCGACCCGCCGCACCAGAACACGGUCUCCGUGCCCAAAGCUGGCUGGGCCGCUAUCCGAUUCCGCGCGGCGAAUCCAGGUGUCUGGUUCAUGCAUUGCCAUUUUGAUCGCCAUGUGGUGUGGGGAAUGAGCACCGUCUUCAUCGUGAAGGAUGGCAAGGCUCCUGAAGCUAAAAUGAUGCCUCCGCCUCCCAACAUGCCUACCUACUAA